AUGUGUGGCAUCUUCUUUGCCCUGUCGACACGUUCCGUGGAGCCUAAUCAGGAGACCAAGUCUCUGCUGAGCCAUCGGGGUCCCGAUAGCUGUCAGACACAUGGUGUAUCGUGGCAGAGUCAGACACAUGAUGAAACGGUGUCUGCCCCAGUCAAUCUCUACCUCACAUUUGUGUCCACAGUCCUCUCCCUCCGCGGAAAUCAUAUUUCCAAGCAGCCUCUCGUAGAUCCGGCCACUCAGUCCGUACUCUGCUGGAACGGCGAAGCCUGGAAGCUUGGCCAUGAGCAGGUCUCUGGUAAUGAUACGGAGCUCGUCUUCGAUCGACUUCUUCGGGCUGUGAAUGCAGAAUCUGCCCAGCAAGCCAUUGAAAAUCUGGCACAAGUCAUUGCAAGUAUAACUGGUCCAUUCGCAUUCGUCUUCUAUGAUGCCAGACAUGGUCGAAUCUUCUUCUCUAGGGACUGUCUGGGCAGGAGGUCUCUUUUACAUGGUGUGGAUGAUGAUGGCAGUUUGAAAAUCUGCAGCCUGUGUGAUGGUUCCUCUUCUACUCACUUUCAGGAGGUUGGGUUUGACGGUGUAUACAUGAUUGAUCUCGACGAGUGUCGAGUGUCUCCCAAUGCUUUGAUCGAGCCGUGCAAGAUUCAUGCAUUGCCCUGGUCGACUAAUCCGUGUCCACCUGCAGGUCAUCUCAAAAGCCCCAUCCCAGCAAUGAAUGUCAGCGUUCCGGAGGAACAGCCUCCUCCUCUUGAAGUUGAGACGCCAUUUGUUGUAGAUCUUCAGCGCCGACUGUUUGAUUCUCUGACACUUCGCAUCGAUAACGUCCCAGAGCCCCCGAAUUUUAUUCGAGGUCAGAGUGCCAAGGUCGCCGUACUUUUCUCCGGCGGCCUAGAUUGCACGCUCCUGGCUCGCCUUGCCCACGAUAGAAUUCCCGUUGCUGAACCCAUUGACCUUCUCAAUGUUGCCUUUGAGAACCCCCGUGUGGCAGCAGCUGCGGCUGCGACUGUUGCAAAGUCAAAGUCCGACUCGGCUACCACCGGGAUGGCGGAAUCGAUCUCCCCCUACGAGGCAUGUCCUGACCGAGUCACCGGUCGCUCGGCUCAUGCCGAGCUCGAAAGGACAUGCCCGGGCCGAAAAUGGCGCUUCAUCGCCAUUGAUGUUCCCUAUACAGAGACGAUUGCCCACCGGGACUCUGUGAAGCGGCUCAUGAGGCCCCACAAUACCGAGAUGGACUUGUCUAUCGCGUGCGCACUAUACUUUGCGUCACGAGGGCGAGGGACCGUUGCAGACCCCACGCCUUCGCCGUAUUCGACCACAGCCCGCGUGUUGCUUUCCGGUCUGGGUGCGGAUGAGCUUUUUGCAGGUUACGGCCGCCACGGGGUAGCAUUUGCCCGGGGAGGGUUUCCCGAGUUGAUCUCCGAGAUGCAGUUGGAUGUCGGGCGUCUUGGAAAACGUAAUCUGGGUCGGGAUGAUCGUGUGCUCUCGCACUGGGGCCGUGAAACCCGUUUUCCAUACUUGGACGAGGACUUUGUGGCGUGGGUGUUACGAGCUCCAGUGUGGAACAAAUGCGGAUUUGGACUCCGAGAGCCCGAAGGGCAGGGUGAGGCAGAACGUCUUCGAGGGAUCGACAAAGAGAAGAUGGCGCUUCGACUGGUGGCGCUUCGGCUGGGUCUUAUUACUGUGGCUCGGGAGAAGAAGAGAGCCAUACAGUUUGGGGCACGCACGGCGAAAAUGGAGAAAGGAAGGACAAAAGGAACGGAUGCGCUGAGUUGA